AAGCAAAUCUCCCUCCCCCCCCUCCUCUCUCCCCCUCUCUUUCUCUGUCUCUCUCGCCCUGUGACAAUCGGCGUCUCAGCUCAUUUCAAGGUUCGAUUCUGGACGGAAAAUCCUCGGAUCUUAUUGCAUUUGACCGGAUCUCCAAGCCUUUCCCUGUCGUCGAAAUACGAAAUCAAUUGAUUCUAGGUUUUCAGUUAUAUACCCAAGCAAUGGAUGCACCUGCUGCAGAUAUGGAGCUCGAACACAAGAAGAUUGAAACCGAGGAGAAAAGUCCUGCCUACCCUUGCGGCCUGUGUGAUACCGAAGUAGUCCACAAAAUAGCCCAAAUGCUGCUCCCAGGGUUAGCCACGGCCUGCGUGGACAGCACAACUGGUGACAUCUUCAGGACCGCGGCUUCAGUUGCAGUUGAUAUGAGGAAAGAGCUCAUCGAAUACCUCACUCAGAGAAGCGAAACAUUCGUGGCAGAUACUGUUAUCCUGGAAGAGCACCCCGCUGAAGAAGUCUCUGAUCACCCUUAUGAUAUAAUUUCCGAUUUUGUAGAGGACUUUGCCACCUUGAAGAGGAAUUUGUGGGGUCGGGUUUCGGGGUGGCUUCUUAGCGAGAGGAGAGAGGACAGGAUUGAUGAUAUUGUACAGGAAAUGGAACUGACUAAGUUUUGGCUGAUUGAUCGGAGACAAGCACUUGCUCAAACUCUGCUAAAGAAUGUCGAUUUAAAGAACACGUUCCACUGCGAUAUGAAGUUUAACACGGCAGAGGAACUCGAAAAUCAUGCGCCUCAGUGCAGGUUCAGGUCCAUGAUAUGUGACAAUGAGGGCUGUAAUGCAAUUUUCAUUGCGGAUCAUAUGGAGAAGCAUGAUAUGACUUGCCCUUUUAAGAUAAUUCCAUGCGAGCAGAAAUGCCCCUCGGAUGGCAUCAUGAGACGAGAUAUGGACAGGCACUGUCUCACUGUCUGUCCCAUGAAACUUGUGAACUGUCCGUUCUAUCAGGUCGGGUGCCAGUCCACGAUUCCCCAGUGUGCUAUGGAUGAGCACAUUUCUGAUAGUCUCCACGACCACUUGCUACACGUUCUUCAAAGCACCCGUAGGGAGACCUCUGCAGAUAAACUUAAAGCUCUCAUGGAGCAAUUGGAGAAGUCCCCAUUCAGCAGUCAGCUUGCAGCAGCACGUGAUCCAAGAUCCUUAAUAUCAGCUGUCAAGGCUGUCGAGGCAAAAUUGGAGCCGUCGGAGAUGGAGGUGGUGAACAGUUCUUUUGGAGAACAAGCACCCACUUCUAGUUCAGCAUCUCCAUCUGCAGAGGAUUAUCACGGUCAGAAUGGAGACGUCAACUGAGUCCUCGGCCGAUUCCUUUAAGGGAGUACUGACAAACCAUUCUUUUGCCUCGUAAAGAUAAUCUUCAAGGCGCAAGUAUUUCACAAGCAGAUAUUUGAGUGCUGACCAUUUUGGUCUACCUUCUAAGGUUUCCCUUUUUCUUUUUUCAUUUUCCGGGUUCGAACAUCUAUACUAUACAAAUUUUGUCGCUGGUUUGUUCCAAUCGAGUUUAUAUGAUACUUCUGUAACCAAUAGUCUAUUGUUGAAUGCCAAUGAGGAUAUACUGUACUACUUUUGAAACUACAUCUUUCUAUCCGAGUUU